CUGGCAGGAGCUAUGGGGAAUAACCUGAGCGUGCCCGAGGAAGCUGAGGAUGCCAACAGCUGCACAGUGAAGAGUUACCAGCCUCUCUCCGAGUCUCCCGAUGGUAUUGCAAAUGGAUCCGUGCUGUUUGUUCAGAGCCCUCCCCCGGCAGCGAAUGGUGAAGCAGACCCCAGGGCGGCUGCAGGCCGGGAUAACGCGGCCGUUUCCUCAGCAGAGCCAGCAGAGCCGGGCCCCGGUGCCCAGGCGGGCGGGCAGAGCGGCGGGAGCGCUGCCAGCAGGGCCCUGCCAGCUGCCAGGCCCCGCUCCCUGCUGCCCUUCCCCUGGGCCGUGCCAGCGCCUGCCCCGGAGCCAGCGGCAGCUCCAGCCCCCGCACAGGCCACCCUCGGUGCCAACAAAGGCCCGGGCGAGGGCACGGAGGGGCCUGGGGCAGCCCCCCAGCAGGGAAGCCAUAAAAACCCAGGGCAGGCCCCGCUGCAGGACGUGGAGCUCACGGGGACACCUGAGGGACGCGAUGUGGCCGCCCCGAAGGGCAGACAAGUGACGCUCCUGGACAGGAUCUUCAGGCUGGAGAAAGGCACGGCGAGGACAGCAGGCGACCCCGAGCAGGGAAGGCAGGGCCUGGACGUCCCCAACGGGAGCAUCGCGGCCGGCACGCCCCACGGGGAACCGCUGCGCAAGGAGAUAGAUGAGUGCAGCCAAAAGCAGCUUGGGCAGGACUCUGCAGGUGAACAAGACCUGGCUGCACCUGGCAGGGCACAGGCAGAGCAGCACAGUCCCCAGGCAGCUGCAGGACAGGGCUCAGUCAUGAGCUUCCUCAAAACACUGGUGUCCCCAAGCAAAGCUGAAGCCAAAAGUGAUUCUGAAGACAAGGGCUCCAAGGCGGAGAAGGGCCCUGGGGGACAGCCUGGCCCGAAGGCAGCAGCAGAAUCCCCCUCCAAAGGAGCCAAGAAAAAGAAGGCAGAGAGCCCCAAGCUGGGCCACGGCACCUUUAGCAAACUCUUUAGGCACAAGGCUGCGAAAGAAACCCAGCAGACAACCAACACCAAAAGCCCUGAGCAGCCUCCUGUGAGCUGUGUAAAAGCAGACAGAAAUGUCCCUGCCUGCCAAGAGGCACUGCCCAAGCAGAACCCGGAAGCGCCGGAGGCCGCGGUGCCUCCGCAGGGCGUGAGCACAGAGCCCCCCCGGGAGGGCACCAAGGACAAGGGCUCAGCCACCCCCCUGCCCCUCAGCAAGCUCUUCUGGAAAAAGAACUCCUCAGAGGAAGCAGAGGCUGUGAACAAUGAGAAGGCAGAUGUGGCUCUGGAGGCCGUGGCUCCCGACAGGGACGAGAGCAAGGGCACAGAAAGCACCGAGGUGAAACCGCGAGGGGCGGAGAGCAAAACGCCCAAGGCAAACCUGAGGAAGUUCUUUAAGCUGUCAGGCAAGGGUGAUGGAGGGAGCCCCCGUGCAGAAGAGGGAGAUGGUCCCAGCCCCAGACACCACGGAUGGUUUGAUCCCACAGUCUUUGCUCAUGGAAUUCCAUCAGCUCCCUGGGAGCCCUUCCCUGAGCCAACACUGCAGGAGUUCAUCCCAACCUCUGGAAAUGCAAACCUGCUGGGCAGCAGGGCUCCUCCACCGCUGCAGACUCUGAACGCCACGGAGAAGCCUCUUGCCCCAUCUGAGAGCGACCCCGGGGGCCCAAGGAGCAAAGAGGGCUCCAAAGACAAGAAGUCCACGCUGGAGCUGGGCAAGCAGAAGGGCAGGGAGCAGCCAGAGCCCCGGGAGCAGCCAGCAGCUGAGCCUGACUCCAUCCACAAUGGCGGCGACGCCAAGGAGCCCUCCUACAAGAAGGCAGAGAAGAGGCAGUCCCUGGGAGGGUUUUUUAAAGGCCUUGGCUCCAAAAGGAUGUCGGAUGCAGAAGUGCAGACAGAUCCCGUGUCCAUCCUCCCUGCUGGGAAAUCCAAGUAGUGCCCAGCCCUGGCUGCUGCAGGGAGGCUCAGCAGCUCUCCGGGAGCUCCAGGAAUGACUCCUUUCCUUUCUGGCAGCAGGAAUGACUCCUUUUCCCUCCCACGGCUGUCACAAACACCCGAGGCUGAAGCAAACACUGGCUACCAUUGCAGGUUGUCACUGGCAGGGUUUGUUUGUUCCUCUCCUGUAGAAAGCAGCUCUACAGAUCCCCAUGAAAUGUGUUUAAGGUAAGGUGCUGUGGAUGGUUUGAGGUGUGCAGAGGGGAGGGUAAGGCAGGUAGGAGGGUGGCAGAGAAUUCAGUAAAUGGCAGAAAAAGCAAGCAGGUGACAGAGGAGGGCAGCGGGGCACGGGCAGGGAAUCCUCCGCUUCAGAGAGCUUGAGAGCAGCCAGGAAAACACAAAUCCCCCGGGGAAAUGUCCUGCUGCAGUGUAACAACAGCCGAGUCACUUCUGGGGGGGGUUGGACAGAGCUGGAAUUGGAGCUGAGCCCUUCAGCCUGGCAGAGCCCGUGGUGAUCGAGUCCUGCUUCCUGCUGGUUAU